CUUUAGUAAGCUAUGCACAUGUAUGUGGUGAUUUUGUUUUUCUUGUUCUAUCCAUUUUGUAAAGGGGAUUGGGGCUUGUCUACAAGUCCUUCAACUGCAAUCGGUGCAAACAACGUUACAAUUCGCUGCUACUACGAUGCAUACGACGAUGAAUUUAUUGAUAGUUAUAACAUUAAUCCUGAAAUGACUAUGGAAAUCCGACAAAACAAGUCAAAGGAGGACUGGAAAGAAGUUGCAAUUACUAACGUCACAGGAUCCUACAUCCUCAACACGGACCAGAACUUGGAAAUUUAUUCCAAAUCCUCGUAUGAUAGAUGUUAUCGUAUGGGUCAUAUUUAUCAUGUAGGGCAAGGAUUGUAUUGUCUUUAACACUCAGCAGAUGUUCAAUUGACCCAAACCUCUACUCCAUCUUCCGAUGUUCGAUCUCUAACGGUAGUGAAAUUUCCCAAAGUUUAGAGAAAAGUAUUAUAUCGACCAAAGGGCAAUCUCCAAAGAAAAUUCAGGACUUGACUAUUAUUAAAAGCAGCGGAGAAAGACCGGGUGAUGUGGUACAACUUAAAUGCAUCGGAGAAGUUGAAAGUGUAAAUGGUCUACCUAGCCAAAACAUCAGGUGGUGCAAGAAUAUUUCUGGAAAAUUCACUGAAAUAUCUCUACAAGACCCUCCAAAUAUCGUACCAGUAUCUAGCAGCAAAGAUGGAUGCAUAAAUGUACAACAAUCGGAGAUCUUUUACCACAUCUUGCAAAGUGAUGCAUACCUAGAAAUAAUGUGUGAAUCGGGCUACAACGAAUAUACAAGUGAAUGUGGAAAAGGAAGUGCAAAUUCGACGAUAUUCAUCAACACAAAAACUUCGACUGAAGACGGGCAGUGGAAGGUAUCUCCCAUCUUGAUGUACGACAAAAAUGGCGUUGUUGACGAACAAUAUUUCAACACUCAUGGAUUUGGUAGAACAGUUCAUCUGUCGUGUAGUGCUUCCUCAUUCACAUCUAACGAACAGAUGAUAAACUGGUGCGUCAAAAAGAGAGAGAAUGAUAACUGGACAAAUGUUGUCACACAAGAAGACGAAGUCAAGCUUUCAACAAAUAAAAGUGGAGAAAUGAUGAUGUUCAGUCGAAUUAUCUACCAUAUAACGGAGUACGACAAGGUUCUUCAUUUUAUCUGUGAGGUUUCUACCUCCUCUUCCAGUCCCUGUGGAUCAGGAGUAAAUUUUACAAGUCUUACAAUUCGGAUAAAUGCUCAUCAAACAGCUCAACACACAAAGCCAUCUGAAACGGAUAGUACUACUUCUGUAGCUGUUUUAUCCUUCUUUCUAUGUUUAAUUAUAAUCACAGUAAUUGCUCUUGUAAUAGUUAUCUACAGAAGAGGAGAACUGACAAUAUUUGGAGUUGUGAUCAAGAUUGAAAGAAGCAACAACCGAUUUCAACUGCCAGAGGACGGAAACAAAGUUAUUUCAGGUUAUCAUGCACUGAAAGAUAGAGAUUGAAUGAAUCAUUUUAAUAUGUGUAUAAUUAAUUCAGAU